AAGUCACAGCUGAUCGCUCACGAGGCCACGCACGCCUCGCUGCUGUCUUCCUCUACCGAAAACUCGUCGUCUUCGAUACAGCCAGCGCCAGCUGGCGCUGCGCCACCGACCGACAAGAAGACCGCCUCCGCCGACUACGUGUGCAAGUUCUGCGGCAAGCGAUACGCCUACGCUAGCAGCUUGUACGUGCACACCAGACUACAUACUGGAGAACGACCGUUUAGAUGCCAGUUCUGUGAUAAGUGUUUCACUAAUCAAGGAAACAUGCAGGUGCAUCAACGAGUGCACACUGGCGAAAAACCAUAUUCAUGCACCGCUUGUGGCAAGAGUUACGCUCAGAAAGUCGGUCUAAAGAUCCACUUGGAACAGUGUGAGCCCUAUCAAGCAGGGCGGCAGUCGGAGAGCCCGGUGAACGUGGACACCGACUCGGACAGCUCGGACAGCGCUCGCAAGGUCGACUUCUCGCUGCCGAACAUCUAUGCAAACAAUUCUCCUACAGUGAGCGCCGCUACCGCUGUUACGAUGCCCAGCUACAGUCACUGGAGUGUUCCCGACAUCCUUAGCAAACUUCCAACAUCUUCCUAUGGAAUUCAGUCGACAACCACGAUCAGCACCUCUCCAACUUCAGUGCCUUUCCGCACCCUCGAGGUGUGUACCUGCUGUUUGCCGAGGUUCUCUGCUUGCUGCUCUAAUAAGCCACUUUUGCAGCCAACUCCUCCAGACUUUGGACCAUUGGUGGCUUCCAAACCGCCGACUCAUCCUGAAGUCGCAAUGCCAGAAGCAUUUUCGGCUUUCUAUCCUCCGUCAUAUGCAAAGCCCGUUGAACCAGUGCUGGAUCACGGAAUGGCAGCACUGAAAGGUCUGGUAGACAGUGGCUUGAAUCCACAACUGCUUCCACUUCCUAAUCUCCUGUCGCAACAACUGCUGAACACUCAGUUGCUCAUCCAGCAGCUGCAGAAUAACGAUGUGCUGCUCUCGCUGCUCAGCCAGAACGUCUCAGCACUGAAUCCGCCAUCCGUGGCACCGUUGCCGCAGCCAACUCCCCUACAUUCUUCGUUCCUCGACAGCUUCUUCCCCACCGGUCUCAUGCCUGGCCUGCCAAUCUCUAGCCAAAGCACACUUCCUUUCAAAGUUGAAGUGAAAUCAGAAUCGAUGUUGGUCUAA